UUUUAAAAUUUUAAGGUUUAACCAACAUUAGCGUUUCCGCUUCCUUUUAGAAAUUUAACAGUGAGUAAAGAUGGUUCAGCGUCUCACUUUCAGAAGACGUUUGUCUUACAACACCAACUCCAAUCGCAGAAAGGUAUCCAAGACACCUGGUGGUAAACUAGUUUAUUUGUAUCAGAAGAAACUCCCCAAGACACCAGUAUGUGGAGACUACAAGACCAAGCUGAGAGGGGUUAGAGCUGUUAGACCCCACAAGUUGGCUGCCAUGAGUAAGAGACAAAAGACUGUAACACGUGCUUAUGGUGGAUCUAGAUGUCAUAAGGCUGUUAGAGAAAGGAUCAUCCGUGCUUUUUUGAUUGAAGAACAGAAAAUUGUUGCUAGAGUACUCAAAGCACAGGAAGCCACUAAAAAACACUAAGUUACUUUUUAAAUAAAUGUCUAAAAUUUA